AUGCCGGUAGAUACCACAGGCAGCGCAGCGCAGGAGAACGGCGCCAGGCACCAUGGCCGCCAGCCUACCCAUCCCUUCAGGCUGUCCCAUCGCACCAAACCACGGAGAUGGCCUCUGGUUCUGCGGUUCAUCAAGGGAGCCAUCCAUGGAGCCAUCCUGGUGCCGGUGCUCUGCCAUGCCAUCUUCACCGUCCUAGUUGUCGUACUCGAUAAGCAUGUAUUUGAUACCGUGGGCGUUCCACCGACGAUCAUCCCUUCGCUGUCCAUCGUCGUCGGUCUCAUCCUCGUCUUCCGCAACCAGACCUCCUACAAUCGCUUCUGGGACGGCCGCAACUGUCUGACCACGAUCACCACCGCGCUUCGCAACCUCACCCGGACCAUCCUUGUCUCAUGUCGAAACCCCAAUGGCCCUCUCUCGGACGCUGAAAAGCAGGAUAUCGAACGCACGAUCCGUCUGCUCAUCGCCUUUCCGUACGCCGUCAAGUGCUAUCUGCGCGCGGAAUGGAGCACAGAAUGGGGAUCCGUCUCCAACCCAAACAUGAUUGCCGAUGCCGUUCUGCGACAGGAAGCUGGCGGCCCCAAGCAGGAGUUCCUUAGCCUGCUGCCUGCCGGAUUCCAGGCUCAUGAGGCAGACGGCCUCGGACUGCCGCUUCAAUUGACCUUCCCCGUCGAAGCGUUCAUCCAGCGAGGCGCGAAGCGAGGCUGGUUCGAUCCGCCUGCUGCCAACCAGCUCGGCAACCAGGUCAGCGCCAUGAUCGAUGCAUACGGGAAGAUGGAAACGAUCAAACUGACCCCCAUUCCCGUCGCUCACUUGAUUCAUCAAAAGCAAGUCCUGGCUUUGUUCGGCUGUGUUCUUCCCUUUGCAAUGGUAGACGAUAUGGGCUGGUGGGCAGUUCCCAUUGUCUGUCUAGUCAUUUUUACACUGUACGGUAUCGAGGGCAUUGGCUCUCAGCUCGAAGAUCCCUUUGGUUACGACAAGAAUGACAUCAAGAUGGAUGCCAUCGUCGAGGACGAACGGGUCGAGAUCGAAGCUAUCCUUAACGAGUGGAAGAAGUUGAACGACCUGCCUGUCGAUGGCGACGGUUCAGCUACCAACGGUGCCAGGAACGGCGCUCGUAACGGUACUACCAACGGCGCUCGCAAUGGAACCCAUAACGGUACCCAUAACGGAGUCAGCAAUGGAAGUUUUGUCCCUCGAGAGAUGUUUAUCAGGGGUUAG